UUAUCGAGCGACGAGCAGUCUGUGUCCGAGCAGCGCGCCGCCAUGUCGACUUCGGCCAUCAGCCCCGGAGAGCCCGCCGGCAGGCAGAAGCCGCUGGACGCCAACAGCUACGCCACCAAGAAGACGAUCGCGCAGGGCAUGCUGGACAUAGCGCUGCUCACGGCCAACGCCAGCCAGCUCAAGUACGUGCUGCAAGUGGGCGAGAAGCACGAGUUCUACUCGCUCAUGGUGGCGCUCAUAUCCGUCUCCAUCAUCCUGCAGGUGGUGAUAGGCAUCAUCAACGUCACCCUCGGCUCAGCCUUCAACAUCAACAAGCAGCCUCACCAGAGGGUCGCGAACGCGUGGAACAACGUGGUGCUGGCGCUCAACAUCAUCACCACGGCCAUCAACGUCGUGAUCAGUGCCUUCGACAUGCGCCAGUCGGGCGCGGGCCCGGGCAGCGGUCUCUUCAACGCGACCACGACCACGCCGAGGGGCGCGCUGGCCGCCUGAGUUACUCUCCUACUCGUACCUUCAAGUCUCCGCCGCACGGAGUCGUGCACGCGGGAGGAACUCGAGACACUCUGACUGCGCGGACGUUACAAUGUGAUGGUGGAUCUGUCAUCUUAACACAGACACUCUCGACAACAUAACACAACCUCAAAGGAAAAAAAUACCAUAAAAUAUAUAUUUUGAAUCAUAAACACUUCCUCUUAACGCCAGCCACAUCUUGUUUUUAUUUUUCAACGCUUUUCUCAGGCAAUAAUACAGUUCAGCUUAUUUUUAUAUACAUAGUUGUUUGUGAAACUAAAAGUAGUUUAUAAUUGUAAAUCACACGUUUUAAAUUAUUUUAAUGUUAUUUAGGUUAUGUAAAACCUUCAGAGAGACCGUUAUACUUUCAGCCAACGUUAAUUUUGACGAAUCAAAUACUUUUCUGAACUGGUAGGAAAAAUACUGAAAAUAUUCGUAGUGAGCGAUGGAAUAAUAUUGGAUACUUGGCCUAUAAGAGCAAUAGUUCACUUCGUUUGAUUGCGUAACUAUCGCAUGAAAAUUCUGGUCUAAGAAGCUUUAUGACUUUAUUUGAAUAACAACUAAGUUUUCAGAAGUAUUUUCCAAAUUAUUGUUUAUUAACUGCCAGACACACGCAUAUUUCUUGAGGGUAUAUUGAAACACAGAUCUUUCCAAUCUACCUAAAACAUUAAAUUUUGAAUCCCUUGCUUAUUUUGAGAAUCCAGACUUUAUAGAUCUCCAUUUGUUAAUGAUAAAUCAGGAUCUAUUGUAAAUUAAUAUAUAUGCAUAUAUAUAUGCAGAGUUUACUUUACUAAAAUUCGUAAACAAAGGAAGAUUCGCCAGUAUUGUAAACUUAUUGAAUACUAGCUAUGAAGUAUAAAAGUUCCUAAAUGCAUUAUAUUUAUAUAAAAAUUGUAUAGUACUCAGUGCAAGAUAAUUACGUAUGUGGUCAUGAAGUAGGUUUACAGAACUAAUUUGAAAACCCAAAGCCAGCAGACCUAAAUAUUUGUUAGUAUCUUUAUAAGUGACAGUUUAAUAAUCUUGUUGAAGCAGAACAAACCAUCUGCAUCGAAAUUAGUUUUAAGACCUUUUAAUAUCUAACAAAUAACUUAAACUUUGGGAUAAAAAUCUGAAGAAAAAAAAUUGAAUUUUACAAAAUUUUCAAAUUACAGAAGAUUAAAAAUAACAGAAAAAUUAAAGUUCGAUAGACAUUGCUCUAUUUUUCUGCAUGUGUUUUAAAAGCAUCCAAUGUUAGAAUCCAUUUAUGAGUCUAAUAUUGGGACAUGCAUGACCUGGAGCAGCAAAAUUAACUUUCUUGCAUUUAUUUAAUAGGAAAUUGUAUAGAAUAUAAUCUCACCAUCUCUUCUGAUAAAGGAAGUUUAGUGUGUGUAUAGUGAUUUUACCUGGAAAAAAAAAAUUAGGCUAUUAAAAACUUCUCAUUUCUUUGCUCCGACGCACAAGUAUAACAUGUCCAGUGUCACUUAAAGCAUAUGUAUACGAUGUAGGGAUAAUAUCUUUAUGUUGGACUGUUAAAGUAUAGCAAGACUACACACUUGAAUCAUCAUCCAGAUUAAAUUGACAAUACUCGUCGACUAGCUGAUUUGCUUUCAUAUGUGUUUCAUGAGUAGUAAGUGCUAUGUGUACAUGGCUAGUAGCAACUAGCUGGUGUUUAUAGCUAGCUUAAAAAAAAUCAUGUUAUAAACUUAAGAAACCAAAAAAUGUAGAUACAAAUAACGUAAACAAUGUUAGAAAAAGCUAUUCAGAGAUAAAAUUAUUUUUAUUUACUUGUUUAUAAAAUUAUUUGUGUACUUACUCUUACUGUAUUUGUUAUAAAGAAUUUUUCUCUUAGAAAACGUAGAAUUGUAUUAUGGAUUUGGUGAUGUAAUUGCAAAAACUCACUACACGGUUUACAUUCUACAAUAUUUGGUUUUAUUUAUAAAAACUAGUUUAGUUAAUGUGAGCAAUUUAAAUAAUGUAUGCAAAUCGAAUAUACGAAGUACUAUUUUUAAAGUUAUUUGUAACAUUUCGUAAUUUAAGAGUAAGGUUAUUUAUUAUUUGUUCGCUUAUGGUGCCUUAAUUUGUAAGUGCGCUUACGUAUAUAAUGGUAUCAACGCUUCAGUAUUUUUGAGGAUGGAUUUUAAUAAUGGGAAAUAGUUGAAUACUAUUUAUUAAUUAUUAUAAGUUUAAGUAGCGUGCCAUGUUCUAAAAAUACAAUGUGAAAAACCUCCUGACUUGUGCCGUCCAAUAGAUAAAUUUACACUGAAAUCAUAGUAACAUAACGUUUAAAAUUAAAAAAAUAUAUAUUAUUAAAAUGAAUAAAUUCUGUUUUAACAAUUAUUUUAUUUGAUUCAUUAAUGUUCUCGAACGGUAUUCUAUAUUUUUACUCUGGCAACAGCCAUACAGAUACAUUUCAAUUGUUUUGAUCUACAUCACGAUUCAGUACUGUGAGGUAGAAACUAUUACAUUCAACUGAAUUACCAUUAAGGUACUAAACCUCAUAAAUAGGUUGUUGACGAUAUAAUUAUAAAUACAUGCAGGCUACCCAUGUAUAAAUAACUAUAAGUAAUUCAUAAUUGUUAUUUUGAAAUUUAAUUGUCUAGUAAUAUUUAUAUAACGAACUGUUUUAGUAUAGUUUCAAGAAUAAUUUAUUUCACCUUUGACCUCACACACUGCUUUUGUCUUGAAUGUGAGUUUUGGAGGCAUUGAAUGACUUUUGAAUAUAAUAAAAUAAGUUUUUUUUUAUUUACGUUUGACCAAUUGUUGGCUGCAAUAUAAUUCUGUCUUCCCAGAGAUCCAACACAUUAGGGUGAAGAAAAAUUCAUAUAGGUAAGUAACAAUUUUUUACAUGCAGUGAACAUUGAUCAAGAAACAUCUACAAAUUGUAAACCUAAAUUGUUCCAACAUAAAUUUAUACCAGAGAUAUACACACUGAAGCAACAUCAAUAGGUCAAAGCAUGGUUCAAAUGAUACUAAGCGGAAAAUUUUUAAGUUUAUUUACCUGUAACACUGUCAAGUGAUCGAGUAACAAAACUUACUAAAUUUUGGUGUAUCACAAUUACAAUUAAGCACGCUUUUUUUUUCCAAAGUGGCUUACCGGUAUAAAACACAAUUGUAAGAUUUUUAAAACAAAAUUUUAGAUUUUGACUUGUAAUUUUUGUAUGAAUCAUGUAAAUAAACACUAAUGGAGUUAACUU